UAGCCCCAACAAUGUGCCAAUUAAUUCCAGUUUUAUUGAUUGUUGUGAUCCCAAUUUUUGGGUGGGAUUUAUCUUACUACAACAUUUCUUCUGAUUAUUUUGUGUCCCAAGUUGCUGUUUAUGGGAAUCGGGCUUUUUUAUCGCUACCAAGAAGCUCUUGUCGUAACAAUAUCACCAAUCCGACUCUGGUUGAAGCGUCAUGGUUCAAUGAACAACCGAUUUUUCCCAGAAAAUAUCCCUUUUUUCUUGAUUUUCAAACGUGGAAUAACUGCGACCAUUUGCAAGAUGUUGUGGCUGUGGAUAUGGAAACUAUGAGGCCACGUUUGUGGGUUUUAGACAAAGGCAACUUGGAGUGUUUACCAAAAAUUGUCAUUUAUAAUAUUUUCCAAAAAAUUAAUUUCACUUUAGAAGCACCUAAAAACGUUAGCUUUAAUUCUUUAGUGGUGGAUGGGCCAAAAGCAUACAUCGGUUUAGACGCCUCCAGCAAUUUACUAAUAUUUUCCUUGGCUGAAUUCAAGUGGUGGCAAAUCAAUUUAGAAGCCCCAAACACCAAUUUACCAAUUUCAACCAAAUAUGUGGCUCUUGGGCGCAAAGAACCGAUUUUGUAUCUCACUGGAGGGGACGAAAGAGGGAUUUUUUCAUUAGAUUUAACCGAAAUCGAAAGUUUUAAUCAGGAGGAAGAAAUAUUCAACGCUAAUGUCACAUUUCUGGGAGAAAAACUAGGAAACUCGACGUGUCUCGUUGCAGAUUUCAAAAAUGGGCUCAGUUAUUACAUACCACGUGAUUAUGUGGUUGUUCGAUGGGACACAAGGAAUCCCCCAAUUGCUGAGCAUUAUAACGUCUUGGCUCAGUCUUAUGAGCUUUUACCUUACGUGUCCCAACUCUAUACAGGCCCUCAAAACUCGAUCUGGGCCCUCGCCAAUCCCAGCCCCUCUCACCUAUGCCAGGAGUCGCCCCAACUCAGCAAACGUUUAAUAAAAUUACUCAAAUACAACAUUUUCUUGUAAUAUCGUCUUUAUUCAACAAAUCAACAAUAAAUCAGUUUACGUGUGUACGGGUAAUGGGUUUUUGGGAUUAACACAGCCUCCCAUCAAAGUCACCCUUUGUGAGGCUCCACAGCCUACAGUGUUUUGGAUAAAGUCAGGGAAGUUGCUUUCAAGGAUCCUCAUUCUUUCGCGUUUGAGGUCAGGGAUGGCGUGUGUGGACAAGUAGCACUUUUUGGAUUUGUAGACUAGAACUGGGAGUCCUGGAGCUAGAGGAAGGUUGGCGUCCCAUCGGUACACUUCCGGUUUACCCUCAUACCGGAAGAAAACAGCGGUACCAAGAUCGGUACCCAGGAUGAUGAUUUUCCCGUCUUUGGAACCACUAUCGACGAUU